CUACUAUUUCACGAACCAUGGCAAAAGGCAAACAAGCAAGUGGACAAAAAGGAAAAGGCGGUGGCGAUGACAAGAAGGAUACUGGUAAAUUGAAGGCUGCCAACAGUAUCAAGGUGCGACAUAUUCUAUGCGAAAAACACGGCAAGGUAAUGGAAGCUAUGGCCAAAUUGAAAGAAGAUAAUAUGCGUUUUGAUAAGGUUGCUGAACAAUAUAGUGAAGACAAAGCCAAGGCUGGUGGAUCCCUUGGUUGGAUGAAUCGUGGUUCUAUGGUGGGUACUUUCCAAGAUGCUGCUUUCGCUUUACAACCAAGUACAUGCGACAAACCUAUUUUUACAGACCCUCCUGUCAAGACCAAUUUCGGUUAUCAUAUCAUCAUGGUGGAAGAUCGAAAGUAGCUUAGUUGAUCGUACUAUAGAUUAUUUUGAUAGUUUCCUAUUACCAAAUAAACAACAAUUUUUAUGUCCAAUAUUGUAUU